AUGGAUCCUACGCCAGGGAGAUUUGAGAUGGACAAGUUCGACGGCAAAGGGAAUUUCGGAAUGUGGAAAUACAAGUUAAUGGGUCAGCUUGAGAUUCAGGGUUCGUCAGAGGUUUUGACAGAGGGAGCUACGUUGUACAAGAGUUCAGAGAAACAGGAAGAAGGAUCUGCACCAGUUUUAGAUCCGAUCAAGGUUGCUAAGAACGUGAGGGUAAAGAAUCUACUUGGGUCAUGCUUGAGUGAUGUUAUCUUGCGAAAGAUUAUGCAUGAAGAAACAGCGCAGGGAAUGUGGAAAGCGUUGGAAAGUGAUUACCAGACUAAGUCACUGCCAAAUAGAAUCUACCUCAAGCAGAUAUUCGCUAGCUACAAGAUGGAAGAAGGCAAGUCUAUUGAAGAAAAUCUGGAUUCGUUCCUAAAGCUAAUUGCGGAUCUAGCUAGCCUGAACAUCAAGAUAUCCGAUGAGAACCAAGCAAUUCAAGUUCUCUCGGGUUUACCUGCACCAUACGAGCCCCUGGUUCACACGAUCAAGUAUGGCAUGGAUAAAGAUACCAUCACUCUGAAGGAAGUCAUAACGUCAGCUUAUGCUAAGGAGGUGGAGCUGAGGCAGAAAGGUCUACUCGGCGGCAAGUCCAAGUCAUCUUCAGAGGGUCUGUAUGUUGAGAACAGAGGAAGGUCAGAGAAAAGAAACGACUACAAAGGUGGAAACAACAACAGAAGCAAGAGCAGAAACCACGACAAGCACAGGUCAAAAUCCAAGCCUAAAUUUGGACCUAAGGCGUGUUGGAUCUGCGGAGAUGAAAACCACUGGAAGAAAGAUUUCCCCAAGAAGAAAGGGAAUCAUCACAGCAAGCCACAAAGUUCCGCUAAUGUGGCUACAGAUCUACCAGAUGUCAUUGCCCUAACUAUCAGUACUCACGACACUAAAGAACAGUGGGUGCUUGACUCAGGUUGUACGUUUCACAUUACACCUAGGAGGGAUCUACUAUCAGACUUUGAGGAUGUGAAAGAAGGAAACGUACUAAUGGGAAACAACUCAGUGUGCAGAGUCAGAGAUAAAGGCAGUAUAACGAUUGAAAACCAGGACAGGACAAUGAUUAUACUGAGAAACGUGAGGUAUGUACCUGAUAUGGGGAGAAAUCUAAUCUCGUAUGGUCAACUUGAAGAGUCUGGUUGCAAGUACAGUGGUGGAGACUUCAAGGUUGAGUUCUACAAGGGAGACAGAAAAGUGUUAGUCGGCAAGUAUGAUCAGGGUUUGUAUUAUCUACAAGGGAAGAUCAGAGUACCUGAGUCAAACGCAGCAAAGGCAGUUGUGGAUAUGACAAGAGUUUGGCACUCAAGGUUAGCUCACAUGAGCCAGUCGUCUAUGGAGACUCUGGUCAGAAAGGGUUUCCUGAAGUCUGGAGAAGUUAAGCAGCUUGGGUUUUGCGAAGCCUGCACAAUGGGGAAGUCACAUAAGCAGAGUUUCAAGAAGGCAAAGCACACAACAAAUGAGAUUCUGGGGUAUGUUCUUUCAGAUCUAUGGGGCUCUCCUAAUGUUACACCAAGCCUAUCGGGGAGCAGAUACUUCCUAACUAUGAUCGACGAUUAUUCAAGAAAGGUUUGA